CCGCCUACGUUCAAGUUGAAUUCAACAUUGACCGCCGACGGACGAGCUCCGUGUUUCGCGCAGUAUAUACAAAAGACGCGCACCAAUAUGGAAAAGUGAAUUGGAGCUUGGCACGCCAUCGCUCUCAUUACUCAUCGUGCGCGUGUGGAAGACUUAGCCGCGUAAUGCGAACAUUACGUUCACGGGGCACGUUCGGGGUGCAUGAGCGUUAGCAUGAGCAUCUCUCAAGACAGCGCUGCUACGAUCGUGUGCAGGGAGGUUUUCGAUGAGACGUCUCAUCCGACAAACGAAGUGUUAAAUGGCCGUAAACGCAUCAUGCCGUCGUAGCAAUUUCUGUGAAAGAGCUACUGGAUUAUGCAAAACGUCUGGGAAUUGAUCCCGAUGCGGAACCACAUCUUCUGGACUUGGCCCGAGAGGGUCUUAUGGCAGCCCUACCUAAGGGUUGGUCUCCAUGCUUUCAUGAAGCUAGUGGUGCCUGGUAUUACUAUCAGGCAUCCACCGGUACCACCACCUGGGAACAUCCCCUGGAUGCAGUUUACAGAGAACUCGUGGAGCAAGCUAGAGCUGGCAACAAAAGACAAAUGAGUCUUGAAGAAGACUCAAAGACUACAGCAAAAGAUCUUGAAUCUCACGAGGACGCAACUUUACCAAAAGAGACUAUUACUCCAAAGGAAAAUGUUAAAGAAACUAUUCAUAUGAAAACUGGCAUAAUGGGUACGAAAAUUCCAAUGAAACUGGCGCCUUUGCGAAAAAUUGAAAAAAUCGACAGUUCGCGUAAAAGGGAUCGACCUUCCUCGUUUGACAGACUCCAAUCAAGAAGAGAAAGUGACUCGAGAUCUGACAAUGUAAUGUCCUUAUCGAGCGAUCGAGCUGCAAGAGAUUAUACAAACUUGAAAUUUCAAGACCCAAAAUUUUAUGAAUGCCCGAAAUUGCUCGAGACAAAGGACAUUCCCGCAACAAUUGCAACAACGACGACAACAUCAGCGAAGAAAGAAUUUGAUCUCAAAGAAGUACUGAAGAGAUCCGAAUCACUGAGUCCGUGGCACGAAAAAGACUGGGAGCAGCUCUCCAGCAAAUUUAGUUCAGAAGAGAACAUAAUUGACAUUGAUAGACUCAGUGCUAGCACAUUGGCCAAACCAGAGAAAUUCGACAAAGAGAAACAUCCAAGUCAGUUGGGUCAACAAAAGGAGUUGACUCUUAGUGGUGGCGGUUCGAUGUUUCUAAAAAGUAAUAGGAGCAGAGAUACUACACCUAGUCAAGAUGGCAAGUUGGAGGACUUUCAGGCAUUUACAAUUUCUGAUGAAACCAAUAAUACCGUUGGUGAUAGACCCAAAUCCAUUUUAAGGGACAAACAACCUGAGGAUGACGAUCGACCAUUGGACGAGGAGCGCAAAAGUGUGCGCUUUGACUUGGAAAAGGAAUUCAACAUCAACUUCACGUAUUCAGAGUCCGAGGACGAUUGGGACUCCGAAUCUGAAGAUAAAAAUCCACGGAUAUCAACCGUAAUCAGUGAUAAAAUUACCGGUUCUAGUCUAUCUCCGCCGAAAUCAAUCUCGCAAAAUUUUGAAGACAGCAACGACGUCAAUAAAAAUGACUAUUCCGAUGAGAAAGAGCAAGACAAAAUGGAUUCAGAGGUCAACAGGCAGCAGUUAUCUUUGGAGAAAAUCGAAUCCAUAUCAAAAAACGCAAAAGUAGUUGGCAAGAGAUUUCUCGUGCAAAACGUUUCGGAAAAUGAACAUCGUAGUCAGAUGACGAAGAACAAUAUAGAAAGGGACAAUAGUUUUGAUUAUUUACCUAACAAAUUAGGUGAAAAAGUGAAAAACAUUGAUUUAGUGUCAAAAAGUGAAACGGAUUGUAGUACUGCAAAAAGCAGUGAUUCCGAUGAGAUGCGUAAAACAAGAGUAAUUAUUGCAAAACACAUGUCAAAUCGUUCAUCAAAUCAACAAGCCGAAGAUGAUGAGUCAUCUGACAUGUCGAGAUUUAAUCAGAAUUACGUAAAGGAACGAUUUAGUCGACCUAAGCUAGAAUACUCUCCAAGCAUUGACGAGAUAAAGACGAAAAUGAAUAGGGAAAAUGAGGAAGAAUUUGAAGCUUAUAGAAUCGAGCUCGAUAUUAAGCUACAAGAAAAGAAGAAAGAACUUGAAGAAAAUUUUGUGCAACAAAAGGCUUUGCUUCAACAAGUUUUGGAUCAAAGAUUAAAAGAAAUGAAAGAGGAAAUGGAACAAAAGGAAGAACGGGAGAUACAAGCAUUGAUCACUGAAAUGGAUCAAGCUAGGAUGGAAAAUUUGAAGAAAGUUCGCACGGAACUGGAGGUCUGCUAUGAGAAAGAGAGGCAAGAGAUAUUGGCUAAUCUAAAAACAGAACUCGACGAGAGGAAAAGGGAGCUUCUGGAAUUGAGAAGUCAAGAGAUGGGCAAGCUGGAGAAUGAGCAUGAGCGUGACCUCGGCGAGGAAAAACUAGCAAAGCUGAACGAAUAUGAGUUGAGGAAACAACACACCGAAAGAAUCGAAAUUUUAAAGAAAGAACUUGAAAAGGAAUUUGAAGAAUUACGAAACGAAUUAAGAAUACAACAACGGGAAAAGAUUACCAAAUUUACCGAAGAUCACGAACAAUGCUUAGCCGAAAUUCUUCGUGAUUUUAGGAUGGAUGAAGCUCUUGCUCGUAAGAUGUACAAAGAGCGAUUGGAGGAAAUCCGUGCGGACUUUGCAAGAGACGCCGAAAAGGAAGCGAGAAAACAGACUGAGAGAGCUCUUCAACAGGAAAGCAUCGACUUUGAAAAGAUGCGUUGCGAGAAACGGCUGCUGCAGGACAAGUAUACGGCGCUCAAGGAAAAAUAUAUGAAGUUAAAGAACGAUGUUCGCCUUGCAGUCGAAAGAAGAAGCAGAAGAAAGGAGGGAUAUACUACAGCUUCAGAAACUGAGAGAUCAACAUCCACCAGGACGAGGACAGACAAGACCGAUUCGUCGGAACAAAAUACUCCGCUGAAGAACGCGCGCUCGAGCCCAGUAACAAACGCGAAAUCGCUGGACAGCCAAAGCGCGAACGAACAAGUCGAAGAGCAAAAUGAUCUGGAAAAUUCGAAGAGUCAGAAAGCGACCGCGGGAUUUCAGAAACACACAUCCCCCGCUGCUGGCUUGAAAAGUACGGCAAAAUUUGAAUCCGACGAUACCACUACCGCCAGUGAGAACACUAAUAUGAUAACAAAGAAGAAGAAGAGCUUCAGUAAAAGAGCUACUUCGAGUGCAGGUCGCUCGAACGGUAGCAAUAACAACAAUGUGGAGAAUCCGGUGGAAAAUAUUAGAAAACAGCUGAAGAAGCUGGAAGAUCUCGGUGAUCAGCUACCGAGCAACGAAACGGCCUAUACAGUGCGAUAUCCUUUCCAAGAUAAAGCAUUAGCGAAUGCCUCUUCGGAGCUAGAAUUCUUCCGACACCGGAUGCAUGUGGAAAAGGAUUCGGUGAGGAGAGCUUGCGAAGCGUUGAGACAACAAAAAAGUGCCUUUCAGGGUAGGCAAAGAGCUUGGAAACAACGGAGCGGAAGAGCCACUCUGGAACAAUUAGUACAGGAGGAACGCGAGCUCUCUGAAAUGGAGGUGAGUUUGCAUCGCACCAAAAGCCUUUUAGGUGAGAAAAUCAUUCAUUUGAGGCAUUUGGAACAAUCUUUGGAACGAGUAGCAAAUGAUAAGCGAAAUGAAAACGAUGCCAAAACCGACGAACUGAGCGACAUGUCGAGUGCCAGCAGCGGUUUCAGCUCGACUGAUUUAGGAACUGAUACUUUUAUAGAUAAACCAGAUCAUUAUCAAGAAUCUACCGAAAUCAUUGCAAGUUUAGAAAAUUUGAAUUCAGAAAUACGGGAAAUUUGGGAUGUUUUGAAUAAACGUCAAGACAGUAACAUACCUCCAACACCAACUCUUAUGUAUUCUUAUUUGCGUUGGUUACGAUUUCAUCAUCUUACUACGCAGCCUAACAGCAUGCAAGGUGCCUUUGGUACACCCAACAUACAGUCUAAUAUCCUGUCUCAAUUAACCGCUGCUCAACCUCCUAUUACCACGACUCAGAAUAUUAUCGCUCAGUAUGGCCCUAAUAGUGGCUUUACCACCAGCGUUGGUACAGUCGAGAGAAAUGCUUCGAAUUUGAUGGAAAGGACCAGAAACCUCAGGGAUUGGUUACGCCAAGCUCGCGUGGAAAAUACCGACAUGAUUAGUCCCGGCCAAGCAACUCUUUAAGGUUCACAUCUAGAAAAGAAAUUUUUUUCUUUUUAGAAACUUCUAUUCUUUUGCAAAGUUAAUCUAUAAUCUUAAAUAAUCUUGAUUUGAUAAUUAAUUGAAAAUAUAGCAUUACUUAAUUAGCAAUAUUUUAAUAAUAUUUUUCGAAUAAUUUAUUAAUUGUGCAAUUCAUUUCCUUAGCCAGUUAAUAGAUUUUAUAUGGAUUAUGAUUAAAAUAUUUCAUUGAAAGUGAUUUUGUGACCUUUGUGACCUUUAUUAGGAGAAUUGAAAAUAAUUCUAUUUGAAUCAUGUAUCCGAUGAAAAUGUAUCCGAUUUGUAUGGAAUUUAAAUUUGUGCUCGCUUGCUGCUCCGAAUCUUGUUUUUUUCUUUGCUAAUCACCGAUUGAAGCUGUCAAAAAUAAUAAUAUAGUCGUUUCGAUAGAUAAUUCACAUAUGGAUGAAAAUUUUGUAGAAAUUGGAUGUGAUAAUUAUAAUAUGUAAUGUAGUGUUCAAUAGGCAUUCAUAGCGGCAUUUUUUAAAUUCGAUUUUAGAUCAUGUAUUUGAUUGAUUGUACUUUAAUAAGAAGUGAAACAAUUGUAUUAAUAAAUUUAAUUAAACUCUUUAAUCUUGAUUGAUAGCAUAGCAGUGCAAGACUGUUUUUUAUUACAUAUAAAAAAAUGAAGCCAUACGUGUAAAAGGAAUAUGUGAAAAUGUUAACAAUCACCUACAUCAAUCUAAAUAAAAUGCCACAUGGCAAGA